UGUACACACAAGACCACCCAAUAGAAACGGCAAGAACAAGAACUGGUGUGUGCACAGACAGGCAAGCCUUCUCCCAUGGCCAUUCAAUCCACUUCCACCCCUCUAUAUGAGAAAAUAAGCCUGAAAAAUGAUGCGAAGAGGGCGGUCGAGAUCUUCAUCUUGUUCCUUCUCGUCUCCCUUCUUGCGUAUCGGCUUAUUCACCUUGAGGACCACGGACUUGAAUGGCAGGUCGCACUCGCGUGCGAGUCAUGGUUCACGUUCGUGUGGAUUCUCGUCAUCAGCACCAAAUGGAACCCUGUGAGCUACAAAACUUACCCUCACCGUAUCUUGAAAAGGGUGAGCGAGCUUCCUCCCGUGGACAUGUUUGUCACAACGGCAGAUCCGCAGCUAGAGCCUCCGAUCAUCACCGCGAACACGGUCCUCUCCUUAAUGGCAGUAGACUAUCCGGCUCAUAAGCUGGCGUGCUAUGUCUCCGACGAUGGCUGCUCACCGUUGACCUACUAUUCUCUAAUGGAAGCUGCAAAGUUCGCAAAGCUCUGGGUUCCGUUUUGUAAGAAGUACGAUAUUCAAUUGCGAGCCCCAUUCCGGUACUUCGCCGGCGACUCAACCACAUCGUCUGGUGAAGACUGCUCAUUGGAAUUCCAACAAGCACGGGACACAAUGAAGGAUGAGUACGAGAAGCUGAGCAGGAAGAUAGAAGAUGCGUCCCUAGGAUCAGUCCCAUCUAAUGUUACUGGGGAGUUUGUCGCUUUCUCUAACACACAACGCAAAAAUCACCCCACAAUUAUCAAGAUCAUGCUGGAAAACAAAGGAGGUCAUCCAGAUGAAUUGCCACAUCUGAUCUACAUAUCACGAGAAAAGCGGCCAAAGCACCCGCAUCAUUACAAGGCGGGAGCGAUGAAUGUCCUGACCAGGGUUUCAGGACUCAUGACGAAUGCACCAUUGAUGCUAAAUGUCGAUUGCGACAUGUACGCCAACAAUCCGCAGAUUGUUUACCAUGCUUUGUGUCUCCUCCUCGGCACAAAAUAUGAGAGAGACUGCGCAUUUGUUCAAUGUCCACAAUACUUCUAUGAUGGAGCAAAGGAUGACCCAUUUGGAAAUCAACUAGUGGUCCUAUUCGAAUAUUUGGGACGAGGAAUAGUAGGAAUUCAAGGACCUGUCUAUGGAGGAACGGGAUGCUUUCAUCGUCGGAAAGUAAUUUAUGGGUCGUGGGCAAAGGACAUGAAGACUGAAAAGAAAAGUCUUACCUCUAAUGGAGAAUUAACCAUGGUAGAAUCACUAAAAGGCUUUGGAAGUUCAAAACAAUUCAUCAACUCUGUUGCUUAUGCUCUACAAGGCAAUUCAGAUAAUCCCAAAGAUCUUUGGAGCUCUCUUGAAGCAGCCUAUCAAGUCACUAAUUGCACCUAUGAAUACAAUACCGACUGGGGUAAAGAGGUUGGUUGGAUGUACGGAUCAACGACGGAAGAUGUCCUUACGGGAUUGGCCAUCCAUUCCAAGGGUUGGAGAUCACUCUACUGCUCACCAGACCCACCGGCUUUUCUUGGUUGCGCACCAUCUGGUGGGCCUGCUUCGAUGACCCAGCAAAAGAGAUGGGCCACGGGCCUGCUCGAAGUUCUAAUGAGCAAAAGGAGUCCAAUAUAUGGCACCCUGUUCAUGCAUCUCCAUUUCAGGCAGUGUUUGGCGUACUUGUGGAUCGUAAUUUGGGCAUUGAGGUCCAUACCUGAGUUCUUAUAUGCUCUCCUACCAGCAUAUUGCAUCAUGACCAACUCCCACUUCUUGCCCAAGGGAAAAGAACCAGCUAUCAUAAUUCCAGCCACCAUUUUCGUCAUCUACAACCUAUAUUGUUUAUACGAAUACUUGGCCGUUGGCUUGUCAAUACGUGCAUGGUGGAAUAACCAAAGAAUGCAACGGAUGACAUCUGCAUGUGCUUGGUCAUUUGGAGUCUUAAGUGUUGUACUCAAGCUCUUAGGGCUAUCGGAGACGGUAUUUGAAGUAACCAAGAAAGAUCAAUCUACAUCUAGUGAUAGCACCAGUGCUGAACUUGGAAGGUUCACCUUUGAUGAGUCCCCGGUUUUUGUACCAGGCACUACUCUUCUGCUGGUGCACCUAAUAGCAUUAUUUACAAUGUCGUUAGGGUUGCGCCCACAAGCAUCCGGGAGUAGUGGCUCUGGCUUAGGAGAGGUGAUCUGUACUGUGUGGGUGGUUAUGUAUUUCUGGCCAUUUUUUAGGGGUCUAUUCGGGAGAGGAAAAUAUGGGAUUCCCUCGACUAGCAUAAUGAAGGGAGCUAUCCUAGCAACCUUUUUUGCUUACCUAUUUAGAUUUAUGCCCACAGGUUGGUAAGGGCUGCAGAUUGUUGGUGUUUGCAUAUGCAAAUUUAAAAGCAUGGUGGUAAAAUUAGUCUUGCCUUUUCUUUCUGAUAGGAGACAAGAUGCUCUCCUUGUAUAUAGUGAUACUCUCACAAAGCAACAAAUUUCCAUGUUCAAUGUGUCGAACUAUUUUUAUGAAUAUUAGCCAAUAGUUAGGGGGUGCUCAUGA